AUGGUGAAUUGUGCUUGUGGGUUUCCUCGCACGACUCGGACCUCCUGGACUCAUGACAACCCAGGAAGGAAAUUCAAAGCUUGCAAAUUCUACAAUCAUGAAACUGGGCACAGGGGAUGCAACACCUUUGACUGGGUUGAUGUUGAAGAGCCCACGAAUUGGCAGCGAGAUGUGAUAAACAUGCUGGUGGCAGAGAAGCAUAGGGUUGCUACUGAUAAUCACAUUUUGAAGUCAAGAUUGGUUUGUGUUGAGCAUCAAAAAAAUAGGUUAGAACAAGAAUUGGAAAAUAUUAACAGGAAGCCAUUGAAGAGGAAGGAAAUAGUGAACAAAAGUUUGGGUUUCAAUGCUGUUUGUUUUUGUGUUAUUGUUUCAGUUGUAAUAAGUGUCAUUGUUGUGAAAGUGAUGAAUUAG